CGUCCGGACCGCAGGAGCGACCGAUAGCUCUCGACCGUAUCAUGUUCCGCAAGCUCGCCGUGUCCGCCGCGUCCUCCGCCCGCGUGGGUGUUCGCCACCAGUCACACGUCGCCUCCGUGUCGAUGACAGUGCCUGGUUUGUCGUCCGAGGUGCGUCACGACUGGACAAAGGAGGAGGUACAGGCCAUCUUUGACCAGCCGCUGCUGGAGCUCGUGUACAAGGCCGCCACUGUGCACCGCAUGCACUUUGACCCGACGGAGGUGCAGCAGUGCACACUGCUAUCUAUCAAGACUGGCGGGUGCACGGAGGACUGCAAAUACUGCUCGCAGUCCUCUCGGCACAAGACGUUUGUCAAGCCCGAGCCCACUAAAAAGGUGCAAGAAGUGGUGGAGAUGGCGCGUCGUGCGAAGGCAGCGGGUAGUACGCGCUUCUGCAUGGGCUCAGCCUGGCGCGAAGUAGGCAAGAAGAACGCCUUUAGACACAUCCUGGACAUGGUGCGCCAGGUUAAAGAGAUGGAUCUCGAGGUCUGCUGCACGCUUGGGAUGCUCACGAAGGAGCAGGCUGUGCAGCUCAAAGAGGCCGGAUUAUCGGCCUACAACCACAACCUCGACACUAGUCGUGAACACUACGCUAAGGUAAUUACCACGCGCACGUACGACGACCGUCUUAAGACCAUUGAGAACGUGCGGAAGGCUGGCAUCUCUGUGUGUUGCGGUGGCAUCCUGGGUCUGGGAGAGGAGAAAAUCGACCGCGUGGGUCUGCUGCACACGCUCGCGACUAUGGACGAACACCCGGAGUCUGUGCCUGUGAACGCCCUUGUGUCUGUGGAAGGCACACCGCUGUUUGACGAGGAUAUCGCGCCCGUCACGGCCUCCGACAUGGCGCGUAUGAUUGCUACAGCGCGUAUCCUCAUGCCCAAGACGAUGGUGCGUCUCAGUGCUGGUCGCAUGUCCUUCACGGACGCUGAGCAGGGCAUGAUGUUCAUGGCCGGCGCCAACUCGAUCUUCAACGGCGACACGCUGCUGACCACAGCCAACCCGGCGUUCGAGAAGGACAAGCGGCUGUUCGAGAGCUUCGGACUCAAGGGCAAGCCGGCGUAUCACCAAAACAAGUCCACGCCCUACAUCGUCAAGGUGACGCACUCGGCACCGGCCGCGACUGAGGCUGUGGCAUGAGUAUGCGAACCGGUAUGAAGCGUCAGUACCGGUAGGCGAGUCUGUAACCUGUAGCCUGUUAAGAUUAAGUGGGGAACAUCGUUAUCACCGUUAUGGACGCACGCAUACCGGUUUGUUCAAAAGAAAAAAAUCUAUAUUAUUCACGCGUCCAACAAGC